AUGGUUACAAGCACCAGUGAUGGCCCGGGCGCUGAUGCGGCCACGGGCGCGGCCACGUCCAUGGAGAGGCGGCCCUUCGCAAAGCUCCUGCUGGAUGCGAUUAACACCAGCCAGCACCUGAUGCUGCCAAGAGGGGACCCCCUCGUGGACAUCGCCCGAGUGCCGAUCAGCUCCCCGGCCCAUGUGGAGGCGUCGCCAGGCUCGCUGCUUCCGCCCAUCCUGGAGUUGCCUGGCAUCGUGGUCACAGCACCGGUGACUUUCCGGCACAUCUGCUUGCGCUUGAACAGGAUUGGUGAAGUCGAUCACCCUUUGAUUGAAGUUCGAAGCGGUGGCUCAUUAGAGAUGACCGACUGCAGGCUGGAAGGCGGGAUCAAGCUACAAGCUGGUACGUCUGCCCACCUGGUGCGCACUCGUGUCUCUGGGUCUUCACAUGCCGGAAUCUCGGCAAUGGACCCGCUGGACCUGUCUUUGGCGGAAUGUGAGAUUUCGAACUGCAAUGGCGAGGGUCUGCACGUGACCUCAGGAAGCCAUCUGCGCGUCUCAGACUGCACUUUUUCAAGCAACGCGCUCAACGGGGCCUUGGUUGAUGGCAAAGCAGGCCAGUCAUGUUUCAGUGGCUGCACCUUCUCUGCCAAUGGCCAGUUCGGUCUCUGGGUCGACUCUGGCAGCAGUGUUUCAUGGAGCAGGAGCUUGCUCCAAGGAAACACCUUGGGUGACGUUGGCGGGCGCGGAAGCCUCUGUGGACAGAAGCAUGACGAGGCCUUCGCUGCGGGGGAUGCCUGUAUCGCAUGGAUUGAGAAGGUGGGCGAGUGGCUUCCCGCGACCGUCUUGAAAGUUCUACCGGAGGCUUUUCUCAUCCUUGCCGAGGUUCCUGCGAAGAUUGAUGUGAUGGAGCCCACUGGUCCGAACAUCCUUCGCCGCAGUCGUCAGAAGGCGCCCGAGCCGGAGCGAAACCUUGGAAACGUGCGGAGCGUAGAGGGGGGAGUAGAGGUACGCCUCCCCAAGUCUUCUGAAGAAGCUCCUCCUGUCUGGUCCAAGAAGCUGGCAACGUACAGGCGGCGCAAGAGUGCCUUUCUGCUGUUCCUUCGAGAAGGCGGAAAAGGCGCGGCAGCGUGGAAGGCUCUGGACGCCAAAGAACGAGCGCGCUUUCAGUUGAGGGCCAGAAAGGAGAAUCAGUCUGCUGACAAAUUCACUGCACAGGGUGCUUCCGAAGCGAGUCAGGGAUCCAACGCGGAGAACCGUGCACAAAGACCGGCAAGGAAAUCCGCAUCUGUCUUCAAUCGCACGAAGCAUCGCAUUUGA